AUGGCCGCAACCACAGAGCCAGAGUUCUCCAAGAACGACCUCGCGGUAUCGGCGUCCAAGUCCUCCUCCAAGGAUCUCGAACCCACGGUCCUCGAGGGCGACACCCAGCAUCUCCCCUCAUUCGAGCACGAGAAGCGACUAUGUUGGAAAUUCGACAUCCGGAUCCUGCCCACGCUGGCCGUCAUGUACCUCUUCAAUGCGCUCGACAAGGGCAACCUGGGCAACGCGAAGACGGAUGACAUGGACAAGGACUUGCACUUCAAGAACAACCAGUACAACAUCAUGCUGUCCAUCUUCUUCAUCCCCUACGUCCUGUUCUCUCCGCCGAUCGCCAUGAUCGGAAAGAAGUACGGCCCCAGCAAGGUCCUGCCAAUCUUGAUGUUCUGCUUCGGGUCGGCUACACUCUUGAGUGCCUGCGUGAAGAAUUGGGGUGGGAUGAUGGCUUUGCGAUGGUUCCUUGGUAUGGCCGAGGCCGCUUUCUUCCCGCUCGUCAUCUACUACUUGACGACUUUUUAUCGACGAGGCGAGCUUGCUAGACGUCUGGCUAUCUUCUAUGCCGCUUCGAACAUUGCCAACGCUUUCUCUGGACUGUUCGCCUUUGGAGUCUUCCAUAUCAAGGCUAAGCUUGAGGCAUGGCGGUAUCUGUUCAUCAUUGAAGGCACGGCGACCAUUCUUUUCUCGUUCUUCGUCUUCUGGUACCUUCCCAAGUCUGCCUAUGAGGCCAAGUUUUUGAACGAGGAAGAGAAGAAGCUGGCUUUCACCCGAAUCCAAAUCGAUUCCUCUUCGGUCGUUGGCGAGAAGUUCGUCCUGAAAGAUUCGCUUCAAAUCUUCAAGCACCCCUCCACGUAUGGCUUCCUGCUGAUCGAAAUGUGCCUCGGUGUACCAAUUCAAUCCGUUGGCCUCUUCAUGCCCCAGAUUGUAGGACGCCUGAAGUUGGGCAAGAUCAAGACGAACCUGUACACCGUAGCGCCCAACAUCGUCGGCGCAUGCGUGUUGAUCAUGCUCGCAUUCGCCAGCGACUUAACGAGACUGCGCUUCCCCUUCAUCACGCUCGGCUUCACGCUCACUUUCAUCGGCUUCCUGAUCUACGCUGCCAUUGACGUCGAGCACAACACCCAGGUCGCCUACUUCGCCUGCUUCAUGAUGACCUGGGGCACGUCUGCACCCUCCGUCCUCCUCUCGACUUGGUACAACAACAACGUCGCCCACGAGGGUCGCCGCGUCACUCUGACCAGUAUCGGCGUCCCGCUCGCCAACCUCAUGGGCAUCGUGAGCUCCAACAUCUUCCGCGAGCAGGACAAACCUGACUACAUCCCCGCGCUCGCCACCACGGCAGCAUUCGGCGCGACGGGCGCUGUGAUCGCCGCGCUGUUGGGCGUCUACAUGAUCUUCGACAACAGGAGGAGGAACCGCGCGCAGGGCAUUAAUCUGAGUGCUAGGGAUGUCAGUACCGAGAAGCUGAGGGAUGGGCCGAACAGUCCGGACUUCAGGAUUUUAGAAACCUACAUCUUCCUCCGACAAGCCCGCAUUCCCGACACCGCCUCAAGGCACGAGACGUCCGAACAGCCUCCCAUCAUGGCGGUCAAAGCAGUGGUUCCGUUCUUGGUGGCCAUGAUGCUCUUGACGGGUGUCUGCAACACGCUUCUCACUAAGUAUCAGGACAUGCAAUGCGUGAAGAACUGCAACCCCUCAAAGGGCAAGAAGCCCGAACACUUCGAGCAGCCCGUCCUCCAGACGCUACAGAUGUUCAUCGGAGAGAUGGGCUGCUGGCUUGUCAUCGGUCUCUUCUCCGUCUACCAGCGUUACGUCGCCAGCCGCGCCGGAUACGAGAGCAUUCCCGAGGGAGAGGAAGGUGCACACACGCCAGCACUUUCGGAUGAGAGCGAGACGAGAGAGGUUGCGAAUCCGCUCAGGCCUGCUCAUAGUGACCCCGAGGGUCGGAUACCGUUGACCGGUACGAGCAUCCUGCUGCUUGCAUUGCCGGCGUGCUGCGAUAUCGCAGGCACGACGUUGAUGAACGUUGGGUUGCUGUUCACUGCGGCGUCGAUCUACCAGAUGACGCGAGGAGCUCUCGUUCUCUUUGUCGGGUUGUUCAGUGUUUGGUUCCUGAAGAGGCAUCUUGGGUUGUACAAGUGGUUCGCCCUCUUCGUGGUCGUCUUCGGUGUAGCUAUAGUUGGCCUCGCUGGUGCGAUCACCAAGGACGACAAGGCAACUCCUUCGGCGAUCUAUGCGGUAGCAAGAUCGGACCAGGCUUUGAAGACAAUCAUUGGUGUCUUGCUCAUCGCCGCUGCGCAGAUCUUCACGGCGACGCAGUUCGUCCUAGAGGAGAAGAUCAUGGAGAAGUACGACAUGGAGCCGAUCAAGGUUGUCGGAUGGGAGGGCACAUUUGGAUUCCUUAUCACUCUGUUGAUUAUGAUCAUCUUGCACUUCUCUAUCGGGACCGGGUACUUCAACGCGCGCGAAGGGCUGUACCAAAUGACUCAUUACCGGGCGAUUGCUGUGAGCAGCGUCCUGAUCAUGAUCAGUAUCGGCGGCUUCAACUUCUUCGGCCUCUCCGUCACACGCACCGUCAGCGCUACCUCGCGCUCGACCAUCGACACCUGCCGCACUCUCUUCAUCUGGGUUGUUUCCCUCGGCCUCGGCUGGGAGACCUUCAAGUGGCUACAAGUGGUCGGUUUCGCGCUUCUCGUGUACGGCACGUUCCUCUUCAACGACUUGGUCAGGCCGCCGUUGAAGGCGUGCGUUGAGCGCAAGCAUGAGCAGCUACUGCCAGAAGACCCAAUCGAGCAUCAUUAG